GCUGGGAGAAGCCGAGACGGGCGGGAGGCCGUUGCCUGGCAACGCCUGAUCGCCUGGUCCCUCCCCUCAGGAGGGGGGGGGACUCGGAGUCACGUGACAGGGGCCCUAUGGGAGGGGGCGCGGUCGGGGGACCAGGCCAGACGCAGCCACUAAAGGUGGCCGGGGGACGAGCCCGUGUCUCUUAGGCCGCGACCCCAACUGCGCUGGAGGGCAGGAGAAGCUGAAGCCUGAGUGGGAUAAAAACCCUAAGACGUGAUUGAUGGACCUGUGCCCUUGUCAAAGGAGGCCCACAACCCCCGAAACGCAAGCAGCCAGCCUGUUUCUCGUUUUCACCUCUUCCUGGAACAAGCAAAUCCUCUCCCACAGCUGAAGUCACAUCUUAACCCCGAUGACACGGGCUCCUGUGUCUCCCACCGACCCCCUGGGGGUCUCCAGACAGAGUCGGCUCCCGGGCAGUCCACCUGCUCUCACCUCCCACGUUCCUCACAUCACUGUGUUGUCAAACUAGUAUCUGUGGAGCACCUCCUGUGUGUCUGGCCCAGUUUGACACUGAGGACCCAACAGUGGACAAAACAGAAGCAGGUUUCCAUUUCCUUCUUGCCCUCGUGGGGCUGACAGUCUACGGGGAGAGAGGAUCAGUGACUGUGUAACAGAUCAUUAAGGGGAUUUCAGGCCUGUGCCGGCCCCUCUCUCCCACUGCAGACCCCGACAGGGCCAUGAAGGUGCUACUCCUCACGGGGCUGGGAGCCCUCCUCUUUGCCUUUUAUUGGAAUGACAACUUCGACCCAGCUAGCCUCCAGGGAGCCCGCGUGCUGCUGACCGGGGCCAGUGCUGGUGUUGGGGAGGAGCUGGCAUAUCACUACGCACGCCUGGGCUCCCACCUGGUGCUCACUGCCCACACCGAGGCCCUCCUGCAGAAGGUGGUAGGGAACUGCCGGAAGCUGGGCGCUCCCAAGGUCUUCUACAUCGCUGCGGACAUGGCCUCCCCGGAGGUGCCCGGGCGCGUGGUGCAGUUUGCGCUGGACAAGCUGGUUCAAGGGGGCGGAGUCACGCCCGGGCGGGGCCUCAGGACUACCUAUCAGCUGACCGGCCUCUCUGGGCCAGGAGGGCUGGACUACCUCGUGCUGAACCAUCUCGGCGCCACCCCUGCAGGCACGCGGGCCCGCAGCGCCCAGGCUACACGCUGGCUCGUGCAGUCACCACCUUUAGGUGAACUUCCUGAGUUACGUGCAACUGACUUCGUUAGCGCUGCCCAGCCUGACGGACAACAAAGGUUCCCUGGUGGUGGUGUUCUCGCUGCUCGGCCCCGUGCCCGCGUCGUUUUCCAGCCCCUACUCGGCAGCCAAGUUCGCGCUGGACGGUUUCUUCAUCUCUCUGCGGCGGGAGCUGGACGUACAGGACGUGAACGUGGCCGUCACCGUGUGCGUCCUGGGGCUUCGAGAUCGCGCCUCAGCGGCCGAGGGAGUCCGGGGUGUCACAAGGGCCAGGGAGGCCCCUGGGCCCAAGGCGGCCCUGGCCGUGAUUCGUGGUGGUGCCACUCGGGCCCCCGGAGUCUUCUACCCACGGCGCCUCCACCUGCUCUGCCUGCUCCGGGGGUGGCUGCCACACUCAAGGGCCUGGUUCAUCCGCCAAGAGCUCAACGUCACGGCCGCUGCUGCUGCCUGAGCUCCGGGGGGUGGUGCUCCCUCAUCUUCCCAGAGGGGACCUCCAUCCAACCCUCCGAGAGCCGGGACACAAACCCAGACACCUCUGAGAAGGUGGUCAUAGCCCAAGAUCGAGUCAACGAGACAGAAAAGGAAAGCCGAGAGAAACUACCAGCAUGUGGAAACCAUCACACCUCUGGGUGUGGGAGAGCGACUGUGUGUCAGGCACCUUGUCAGGGACUCGGCAUUACGUCAGUCUCUGCCAUCCUUGAUGAUACGAUUGCUGCUUCCAUUUUCCAGAUGAGAAAACUGAGGUUUGAAGAGGUGGUGUGACUUGCCCUAGGCCUGGCCACAUCAAACAGGUCACACACCCCUGAGCCACCCUGGGAAGCUUCUCCAUCUUCCACCUGGAAACACGAAGACCCUGAUUUGUUCUUUCCACCCACUGAACCUCAGAGCAUCCCCCAGCCCUUGUCCCAGGCAAGGGAGAGCUUCGAGAGCUGCUCCCGUGAUGGCGGGGUCUGAGGACCGGGAGGAGGGAAAGGAGGUAUUCUGGGCUGGACCCAGCCUCCAGUUUCACAAUAAAAAUCCCUCCUCCCUUGCA